GGCCCUGGCGGCCGCGAGAACCAUCAUGGCGCUCGCCCUCGCCGCCCUCCUCUGCGCGCUCGCGCCCGCCGCCGCCGCAGCCGGCGCAGAGCGCUCGUCGUACGUGGUGUACCUCGGCCAGCACGCGCACGGCGCGGCGCUGGGGACCCACGGCGCCGAGGAGCUGUCGGCGCUGGAGCGCAACGCCGCCGACGCCCACUACGAGCUCCUCGCCGGCGUCCUCGGCGGAGACAAGGAGAAGGCGCGGGAGGCGAUCUUCUACUCGUACACCAAGCACAUCAACGGCUUCGCGGCCAACCUCGACGCCACCGCCGCCGCCGAGAUCGCCAGGCAACCCGGCGUGAUCUCCGUGUUCCCCAACCGCGGCCGCCAGCUGCACACGACCCGGUCGUGGCAGUUCCUCGGGCUCGCCGGCCCCGGCGGCGCCCCCCGCGGCGGGGCGUGGCGGAAGGCGAGGUUCGGCGCCGACACCAUCAUCGGCAACUUCGACACCGGUGUGUGGCCGGAAUCAGAGAGCUUUAAGGAUGAUGGCCUGGGACCAGUUCCAUCCCACUGGAAAGGAGCAUGCGACAAAGGCCAAGAUCAUAAGUUCUCUUGCAACAGGAAGCUGAUCGGCGCGCGCUUCUUCAACAAGGGCUACGCCGCCGCGGCGGGCGUGCUGAACGCGUCGAUGAACACCCCGCGCGACAUGGACGGCCACGGCACGCACACGCUGUCCACGGCGGCCGGCUCGCCGGUGCGCGGCGCCUCCGUGUUCGGGUUCGGCAACGGCACGGCGUCGGGCGGCUCGCCCCGCGCGCGCGUGGCGGCCUACCGCGUGUGCUACCCGCCCGUGAACGGCAGCGAGUGCUUCGACGCGGACAUCCUGGCCGCGUUCGACGCCGCCAUCCACGACGGCGUGCACGUGCUGUCGCUCUCCCUCGGCGGCGACCCCUCCAGCUACUUCGACGACGGCAUCGCCAUCGGGUCCUUCCACGCCGUCCGCCGCGGCAUCGCUGUCGUCUGCUCCGCCGGAAACUCGGGCCCCGGCCUCGGCACCGCCUCCAACCUCGCGCCGUGGAUCCUCACCUCCGGCGCCAGCACCAUGGACCGCGAGUUCCCGUCCUACAUCGUCUUCGAGCACAGGAAGGCCACGGCGGCGGGCAACUCCUCCUCGGCAUCUCCUCUUGGCAGCCCACCCCACAAAAGCAUCAUCAAGCUUAAGGGGCAGAGCCUGUCGAUGACGACGCUGCCGGAGAAGACCUCUUACAAAUUGAUCGACUCCGCGAAGGCUGGACUUGCCAAUGCAACCACGAAGGACGCACAGCUGUGCAUGAUAGGGGCGUUGGAUCCGGCGAAGGUGAAGGGCAAGAUCGUGGUGUGCCUGCGCGGGAUCAACCCCCGGGUGGCCAAGGGCGAGGCGGUGAAGCAGGCCGGCGGCGCCGGGAUGGUUCUCGCCAACGACGCCAGCACCGGCAACGAGAUCAUCGCCGACGCGCACGUCCUCCCGGCCACGCAGAUCAAGUACCGCGACGGUCUGCGCCUCUACUCCUACAUCAACUCCACCAAGAAUCCGACUGGUUUCAUCACCAAGCCGGCGACGAUCCUCGGCACGAAGCCGGCGCCGUUCAUGGCAGCCUUCUCGUCGCAGGGGCCCAACACCAUCACCCCCGAGAUCCUCAAGCCGGACAUCACGGCGCCCGGUGUGAGCGUGAUCGCGGCGUGGACCCGGGCCAACUCGCCGACGGACCUCGCCUUCGAUCUGCGCCGGGUGGCCUUCAACUCCGAGUCCGGCACGUCCAUGUCGUGCCCGCACGUCUCCGGCGUCGUCGGCCUCCUCCGCACGCUCCACCCGGAAUGGAGCCCCGCCGCGAUCAAGUCGGCCAUCAUGACCACCGCGCUGGAGAUGGACAACAAGGGCGAGCUGAUCCUGAACGCGUCCUCCCUGCCGUCGAGCCCCUUCGGCUUCGGCGCCGGCCACGUCUCCCCGGCCCGCGCCAUGAACCCCGGCCUCGUCUACGACCUCGGCGACGCCGAUUACCUCGACUUCCUCUGCGCGCUCAAGUACAACGCCACGGUGAUGGCCAUGUUCAACGGCGCGCCCUACACGUGCCCCGGCGAGGCGCCCCGGCGCGUCGCCGACCUCAACUACCCGUCCAUCACCGUCGUCAACGUCACCGCCGCGGGCGCCACGGCGCGGCGCCGGGUCAAGAACGUCGGCAAGCCCGGCACGUACUGGGCCUUCGUCACCGAGCCCGCCGGCGUCGACGUGACGGUGACCCCCAACAUCCUCGAGUUCCGCGCCAAGGGGGAGGAGAAGGGCUACGAGGUCAACUUCCAGGUGAACAACGCCGCGCUCGCCAAGGACUACUCGUUCGGCGCCCUCGUCUGGACCAACGGCAAGCAGUUCGUGAGGAGCCCGCUUGUGGUCAAGGCGAUGGCUUGAUUGGUUGAGCUCCUCGUGUAGGGUUUAAUUUGAAUUAGUUUAGGACGCAGCAAGUGUAGAGAGGAUACAUUGGUUCGAUUUGUUAGGCAGGGAGCUGCGAAUUUUGGCCUCUGAUUUAAUAAAUUAUAAGCAAAUUUAAGUGA